AUGCACGGCAGCCUGACAACCUGCUUGCCAAAGCCCCUGCCCGCAUCCAGCACCUUGGGAGCCACUGAGAAUUUUGAGCAGCUAAAUCCUGAGCAUAUACAUCCAGGUGGAGAUAAGGUUUUGCUUCAACAAGCUGGUAGAGAUGCUACAGAGAACUUUGAAGAUGUUGGCCACUCCAUGGACGCUAAAGAGAUGCUUAAGCAGUACUUCAUAGGAGAGGUCCAUCCGGAUGAUCGCAAACCUGAUGCCUCCAAGGUCCCAAGUGUAUUCCAUGAGUCAAGCUUCUGGACUGUCUGGCUGAUCCCCAUCCUGGGAGCAUUGGUUCUUGGCUUAAUGUAUCGCUACUGCAUCAUGGAUGGAAAAUCCUCCUGACCUGAUUUUGCAGAACCUUUAGAAGCAGGACAGUAUCUGCAUCCAUGUCACGCCACUGAAAGCUGUAGAUGUUUUUUAACUUCCGAUAGCUUCCAGAGGCCUUUCGGUUUUAUCCGUCAGUUUAGUGCCUCUGCCGCCUGCAGAGCCAAGCAGGGAUCUAGGAACGCCAUCAUCUUCGCUGCAAACUCCAGGAGCGCUGGGCUCGUGUCCUUCCAUUGUGACGUGCUUUUUCAGGCAUCGGCCGCAAGUCGUUCUUAUUUAACGGGUUCUGAUGUUGUAGUGUGGCAGUCUCUGGCUUGUGCCAGCUCGUCUUAUUAAGUUCUGUCAGCAGCUAGUGUGUAGCCAGCUUUCCAGUGAGAAGUUAUUCCACCAGCAUCUGCCAACGGGGCGUGUUUGGGAUGAGUUUCUGUAGGGUUCCUCUAUACUUGGAUUUUGAAACAGUUAAAGUGACUGUGUAUUUUUAAUUGUGUUUUGGUUUACAUAGUCCUAAUUGACUGUAUGCCUUCUGAAUUGGUCUGUUCUGUAAUAAAAGUCUCUCUGGA